GUCGAGUCGAGUCGAGUCAGCAAAUUGAACACGCUGUUAGGUAUUUUUGUCCCAAAGUCCCAUCAUGUUUGACAUUCAAUUGAUAAAUAGUUCUUUAAAAACGUAUACACAUAUGUAAAUUUAACUACAAUAAUGUUGUGUCAUACCACGUAUGAUAGAUAAAAUAGAUAGAAGAAAGAACACUUUAAAAUUAGAAUCAGACUAAGAAGAAAACUCAAGUGAUCGCCUACAGUUAUGUGGGUAUUAUUCAACAAAAAAUUAAUGAAUUAAUCGUGACUUGAAAUAUUGGAAAAGUACAUUCUAGAAAAGAAGGAAUUUAAUAUAUUUUUUCCUGACAUGGCAAAUACCGGCCUUUUGGUUUUAACAAAUCCCGCAAAGAUGAAGGGAAUGUUGUGCUUCAUCCAAAAGCAUGUUCUAAAGACACUAUACAUUCAAUAUCUUCCAGGGAAGAAUAUUUUUGAUAGGUCUGCGACCUUGCAGCGGACAGGCCCUGAAUAUUCUAAGAAGAUUACUGAUAUUUAUUUAAAUACUUCUACAAUUGCUUCUCGUCUGGAUAUUCGUAUUUUGCUCACCAACUUAAAAUGUCCUGACAGAUCUGUUAUAAAUACCAAGAAACCUGUGGAAGUAGUGAUCUUUGAUCACAAAUGCAGUAAAGAAGAGGCGGACGUUUUCAUACGAGAUCGUUUAGCAAACAAGUCGAUAAACUACAGCUUUGUCAACUACAUGUAUGCUUCAGGUUUAACUAAGAUUCCAGAAUAUGACGCUCAGAAUUUGAAAACUUACAAGAAUGUAGUACUGGGUGGCACAUUUGAUCGGCUACACAAUGGUCACAAGAUCUUGUUAAGUGAGGCUGCUUUGCGUUGUACAGAAAGACUCACUGUUGGUGUAACAGAUACCAACAUGAUUACUGGCAAAAUAUUGUGGGAGCUUAUACAACCAUGUUGCCAAAGAAUAAGUGAAGUAGUAGACUUUUUAGAAGAUGUAGAUUCAUCAAUAACACAUAAUGUUGUUCCUAUCAAUGAUAUGUAUGGACCUACUAAGGAUGAUCCAACAUUUGAAAUGAUAGUUGUGAGUGAAGAAACAAAACGUGGAGGUGAUAAAGUCAAUGAAUUACGUAUGCAAAAAAAUUUAAACAAAUUGGACAUUUAUACAGUAAAACUAGCAAUUGAUGAAGAUCAUAGGGAGUACGAAGAAGCCAAAAUUAGCUCUAGUAAUUAUAGAAUGCGAUUACUUGGCACAAGGAUUAAACCUCCUAGAUAUGAGUCCGGGAAACCUUAUAUCAUUGGUUUAACGGGUGGUAUCGCAAGUGGAAAAUCUUCAGUUGCUAAAAAAAUGCAACAACUCGGUGCUGGUCAUGUGGAUUGUGAUAAGUUGGCUCAUAGUAUAUAUGUACCUGAGACCGAGCCCUUUGAUUCCAUAGUCAAAAUGUUUGGUUCUUCUAUUCUUAAUGCAGAUGGAUUUAUAAACAGAAAGAUGCUUGGUGAUAUAGUGUUUAAUGAUAAAGAACAAUUGGAAAAAUUGAAUAAACUUGUUUGGCCUUGCCUUCUGAAUGAAGUUAGAAAAGAAACGCUAAAACUUUUUAAAUACAAGGGUCGUAAUAUUGUUGUACUGGAAGCUGCAGUUUUGAUUCAAGCUAAAUGGCAGGAUGAAUGUAAUGAUAUUUGGACUUGUAUCAUUCCACAAGAUGAGGCUAUAAGACGAGUAAUGGAGAGAAAUAAAUUGACUGAGGAAGAAGCGAAACAACGAAUUGAAAUGCAACCAAGUAACACAGAGCAAAUUAAAGAGGCCAAUGUUGUUAUAAGUACUUUGGGCAGUACUGAAGAAACAUAUCUACAAGUUGAAAGAGCAUGGAGAGAACUAAUAACAAACUUAAACAGAAAAGGUUAUAAAUAACAUUUAGUCACUCUAUAAUAUACCGUUUGUAAUCAGUAUAGUGAUACAUUGAUGAAGAAAAUGUUGAUAAUUAAGAAUAUGUAUUUUUGGCUAUAUAAAUAAUUGUACAGAGAUAAAUAUUCAGGAUAAAGAGUUCUAUUUUUUAUUAUAUAUAUUAUGUAUAUAAUUGUUAUAAAAAGUGAAUAUGUUAUUUAGCAAAUAAUAUAUUGUCACUUAAAA